AUGGAUGAGGAGAUUGAGGUCUGGGAAGCAGCACGAUGCACAUCCGCUGCACCUUUCCUAUUCCCAGUGUACAGAGCAAGUAAUGGCCAUGCAUUCCAGGACGGGGGAAUGAACCACAAUAACCCUGUCGGAUUAGCUGUAAAGGAAGCGCCGUCUCUGUGGACCGGGAGACCGAAGGUAGACAUUGUGCUGAGCAUCGGAACAGGCUCCGCCGAAGGGCGCAUCGCCGAGAAGAAUACACUAUCCCAGUAUGCUGUGCACGGCUGGCUGAAACGAUGCAUCGACUCGUUCGAAAGCAAGCUCGACGCCGAGCGCUUGUGGCAAGAAUACCACGCGACCCUGGACGAAGAUGGCCGACGCCGCCACCAUCGGCUGAAUAUCAAGCUGUCAGGCACUCUGCCGUUUAUGGCGGAUACCCGCGCAGUGGACAGCAUGGAUGAUGACACCAGACGCUUUUUUCAUGAUCCAGGCGCCCGGCGACAGCUGCGAAGCGCGGCAGAGGCAUUGCUCGCAUCACUUUUCUACAUCUGUGUUGAGUCUCCGACAAAACUGCCGCUGCCAGAUGGCAUUGGGUUUGCAUUCCGAGCGCAGAUACGAUGUCGGUUGGAGCAGCGCUACCAGCGUGUGCUUCUGGAUCGACUCCAAAGUUCAGGCUGCGGUUUCCUUGUUCACGGAAGAGCAGUCAGCAUUAACUUUGAGGCUCAUAGAUGCAAACUUGGGAAAGGCGAAUCAUUUCGGCAGGAUAUUCAGUGGCAGGGCCAACUGCGUGAGACGUUCCAUAUCUGCCUCGUCUUCAGGGCAGAAGCAUCGGCGGAAGAGCAGCCAGAACUGGAUGCCCCGACCGCUGGUGGUACUACUACCCUAGCCCUCAAGUAUGAAGUUAGUGGCAGCCCGCAUACCUGGGCAAGGUUGGAGCGGUGA